UACGAGCCGUGUGAUUAAGAAUCGAACCUGUACGUGAUGCAGCAGGAGAAGUUCAUCAAGGGCGAUGGCUUUUUCUACGAACCACCACCACCGGCCAUGGAAGACCUGCUGUAUCAACCGUACUUUGCGAAGCGUAUACCCCGCUCGAAUUUGCUCAUGGUCAUCGUCGAGAACGAGUACAAGGUCGAUCGGGUGGUGCUGUCUGCCCAGCCCGAGGUGAUCUACCAUAAUGAGUCGGAAGCGUUACCGUGCGUGAAGACGAAGCUGAACUUCCUUCCCCGCCGACGUUUAGAGGAGUGUUACACCGAACAUCCAGAUGAAGAGCUCGUUGCCCAGUGUGGCAGUGGAACCCGCCUAACGAUGCAACUGACUGUAGUGAUAUCGACUAUUGUGUCACUGUUUGUUAUAUUAUCGAUGUGCCCAAACUGCUAAUCCAAUUUUAAUGUAGAUUUGUUUUAGGAAACUGGACCUUAGAGAAAGAAUUUUGUAAACUCACUCGCUGUGUGUGUCUGUGUGUGCGUUUGUCUUUGGGAGCGGAAAGCGUGAAGGGUAGCCUGUUCCUUAGCCCCUAGUCAAACUACCCUCGCGUUACGUGUCGUCCCACAGACCAGAGAUGCACCGGUUAGAUUUUGAAAUAACGAGUGUGUGUGAGUGUGUGCACCUCGCGCGUGAUGUGAUUUUUAAAUGAAAAAAAAAAAGAAAAUAUACACUCAACUGCAUACAAACUAGCGAUGAACUUAAAACAACACAAUGCAGGAAUCUCCACAUUGAACUCUUAACUAAUUCACACGCACAAGAUACACGCACAAUCGGACAGGGUCGACCAGGUGAACGGGAGACAUACUUUUUGAGGAGUGGGGGAUGGGGAAGAGAAGUAAAAAUCAUCUAAAAGGAAGCGUAUAACAAAGGAAAAUACAAGAAACACAUGUUAACUGGCGAGACUUAAGAAUGUAACCAUCGUACUGGAUCGUAUAUGGACCACUCAACACUCUUUUAACCACUUUAGCCGGAUUUGCUGGGGAUAUGCUGGGCAAUGGGCAAUCGUACUCCAAAGGUCUCUUGCCGUGGGUAACCGUUUGCCACUUUCUUAUUGUACAACGUUAUUAUUUUUUUUAAUGAAACUGUACACACUCGUAACGCCAUCCACCUUUUCCAUCCAUUCAGCGCGCAAAACUGAUACCAUUUGUAGCUCUAAACUGAAGACACUACCUUCUAGUUUGUCUCAGUCCAAUUCAUAGUGCUUAGGAAAUGUUUAUUGAAUUUCAACGUUGAAUUGUUACAAGAUAGGUGUAGAUGCAGAUAG